ACCGGGGGAAGGUACCCGGAAAAGCCGAGAGCUCUGGUUCGCAGCUAAAAAGAGUUUGAAGCCCAGGCUCCUUUCUUAAAGCCCCCGUGCCCGGAUGGCAGCCCAAGAGAAGGGGAGCCGGAGGGCUUGGAAGCAGCGGAGGAGAACUGACCAGGUGGAGGGGGUGGAGCCGUGCCUGCCUGUGAGUGAGCAGCUGACAGAGGCCAACAAGUUCGCCUACGCCGCGCUCUGUGGGGUGACCCUGGCCCGGUUGUUUCCUGAGCCGGAACAAAGCUCCUUUCGGGAGGAGUUUGUCAGAGGGCUGGUGAAAUGGCUCCAACUGUCAGAUGCGGUCUUGCCUGCCAUGAUGGCUUUUGCCAGUGGCCUGGGAGGAGAAGGAGGAGAAACAUUUGCUCAGAUGUUACUGAAGGACCCCAUCUUACAAGAUGAUUCCCUGAUUAUCAUUCAAGACCUUGUGGCCUUCUCUCUGAAGGAUGGUUCCUACGACGCUCGAGCCAGGGUCCUCAUCGGUCACGUCACUCUGCUGCUGAGAAUUCCCUUGGAGGAGUUGGAGAUCUUAGAGGAAACCCUGCUAGAAAGCCUGAAGGACAAGAAAGAAGAAGAGUCUGAAAUGGCAGAGGCCGCCCGGAAAAAGAAAGAAAAGCAGAAGAGAUUGAAGCGCUAUCUGUUGAUUGGUUUGGCGACAGUAGGAGGCGGGACGGUAAUAGGUGGAUGGAAGAGUGAAAGGAAGGACAGGACAGGAUUAAAGAAGGUACCGAGAGCAGUCAGGGAAGGAGGAGAGAGAAGCGAGGAAACAGAAACUGACAAAAGCCUGACGGGGGGUCUGGCUGCCCCGCUGGUGGCUGCAGGAGCCGCGACGGUGAUCGGCAGCGCCGGAGCGGCGGCUCUGGGCUCCGUGGCUGGGAUAGCCGUCAUGGCCUCGCUCUUCGGGGCCGCCGGAGCCGGUCUCACAGGGUACAAGAUGAAGAAACGCGUGGGAGCCAUUGAGGAGUUUGAAUUUUUACCCUUAACCGAAGGGAAACAUUUGCACAUCACCAUUGCGGUCACUGGAUGGCUGUGUACUGGCAAAUACGGUAGCUUCGUGGCCCCGUGGACCAGUAUGUGCCAGAGUAGGGAGCAGUACUGCCUGGCCUGGGAGUCCAAGUACUUAAUGGAGCUGGGCAACGGUCUGGUUUCCCUGAUGAACGGCCUUGUGAACAUAGUGGCGCAGGAAGCCCUGAAAUACACCGUGUUAUCGGGCAUCGUGACCGCUUUAACGUGGCCGGCUUCACUCCUUACCAUCUCCAACGUCAUCGACAACCCCUGGGGCGUGUGUCUCCACCGCUCGGCCGAAGUGGGCAAACACCUGGCCCAGAUCCUGCUCAGCCGACAGCAGGGCAGACGGCCCGUCACGUUGAUCGGCUUCAGCUUGGGGGCGAGAGUCAUUUACUUCUGCCUUCAGGAGAUGGCUCAAGAGAAAGAUUGCCAGGGGAUCAUAGAAGACAUCGUCCUGCUCGGAGCUCCGGUGGAGGGAGAAGCCAAGCACUGGGAGCCGUUUACAAAGGUGGUGGCGGGCAAGAUCAUCAACGGCUAUUGCAGGGGAGACUGGCUUCUGAGUUUUGUGUACCGGACCUCCUCCGUGCAAUUUAACGUGGCCGGCCUGCAGCCCGUCGACCUGAAUGACAGGAGGAUGGUUAACGUGGACCUGUCAUCCGUGGUCAGCGGCCACCUGGAUUACAUGAGGCAGAUGGACACCAUCCUGAAGGCUGUGGGGAUCCAAAUCAAGGGGAGUCACCAGAGAGACAAGGGCCUCUCCCUCUCCCAGAACGGCCAACCCAAGGAAGAGAAGCUUUGGGAAGAAGAGGCCACCACCAGCUCGGAGAAAGUCGACCCCGGUGAUCACCGGUCCCAGGAUCCCAACAACGGUCGCCAGGAUUCCCCAGGGGACGGCGGCCCGUGGCCUGACUCAGCUGGGCCUCCCACCUCCUCAGAGUCCAGACAAGCCCAGAGCCCAACGGCGCCCAGGUGCGCCUCAGAGCCCAGCCCUUCAGGUAUCCCUAGGACCCGUAGUCCGUUCCCCCCGGGCCGCCCCAAGAAUGACGACGAGAACAAGGAGCGGGCCCCCAGCCCGGGACUCAACUGACCUCCAGGGUGGUCAGGAACCAACAUAGCUCCCUGCCGAUCAUCACUGGACCCUCGAUCUCCUGCGGCAACCCCGGCAGAGUUGGGCAAAUGGUGAUGGUUUUAAGUGGGUACCUGCACUUGGGUGUAGGGAGAAGCCGUGGGCGUCCCCUCUUGCUUGGAUGCUGUCUGGCCAGAAAACGCUCAGAUGUUCCAAGGAGAGAAGAUCGAGGCUCCUUCUGCCCCUGGGGAACUUGACUCACAUCCCUGCUUCCUCCUGUUCCUUCCCCUUGAAAUAAGAAUAAGGCUGGCACCCAAUGCCAUCUUUGGACCUCAAAGAGAUGGAGAUUCAGCCCAGAGGACUCCCAGCCAUGGCCUCUGUCCUGAUGAACUGUUGGAUAUUACCUUUUGGGGCUUUAAUAUUCUGACCUAUCAGAGCUUUAAUAUUCCUACCUAUAAUAAUAUAUUAUAUAUAUAUAUAUAAUAUAAUUACCAUCUGACUGGUUUAGGGUCUACAUUUCCCAGGAGACUGGGAGGACAAGGCAAACCCACCACUCACCGCCCUGCAGGAGGGUUCCCUCAGGACAGGAUUUCACCCCACACGUCUGUGGCAGAGUUGUACUUGAAGGUAAUUUUCCCUUAGCUGGAACUGGGCACGAACAUGGAUUAUUAACCGGGUUUCCUUGUUUGUAAGGGGAGCUGUUAAAACCUCCUAUGUGCCUUCCCACUAUUCUAAGCAAUUAAGCAUCAUCUGGGCACCAUCAGUGCUUAAACUUUCUGCUUUCUGGGCACCGGGCAAGGUUUUUCUCUUUCACUCCCUGGCUGCUCCUCGGUAGACAUUAGUAUUCAUUCCCACUCUGGUCUCGGGCCCAUUAGAGUCACGUCAUGGUUAUAAAGUUCUCUGUCUGUGCCUACCAAGAGAGAACGGGCUGAUUUGACAGCACCGAACCCCACAGCUCCUUUGAUUUCCCCAAGCUAGAGAGCCGAAGUGGGGGUGACAGAGGGCCCCCCUUCCUCCAACCCCUUCCGUCUUCUGGCCAGGAGCACCCCUUACCGCGGCAGUAAAUGGGAAACCAGUGCUGCUCCUCAAUAGCCACACGCAAAGGUUUGUUGGAGGGGAGAGAUCCAAGUUCUUAGUAGCAGAUUUGAGGAUUAUUCGCCCCCAUGAGCACGGGUAAUUGAGACUUGGCUUAGAGAAUGUAAAUGGAACCUCAGCACCUUCCCCCGGGAUUUGGAGGCCCAUUUAAGGCCCUUACCUGGAAAAUGCACUUUGGGAGCAAGGUGAGUGUGAAAGGCACCUUCUCCAAGCAUCCCAGGGGAUUGCCUGGGUCAUUCUCCUCCGUGACUGGCAGCCAUCUUUCCCGCCUCUGCUCUCCUCUGAGUCUUCCCGGGUGUCCUCUGGCCUCCCUCUAUCGUCUUCCAAACGGCCUUCUCCAAGAUCCAGUCGGCCCCCUCCCCACCAAGGGUCACCCAUAUUGAGGGUGGCCAUCGGAGCUGUUACCCGACCCCCCUCCCGGCCGCCAGCCCGUAGCUCCCUCUUGGAGACCCCCUGGAUAGUCCAACUCGUGGACAUCAGAACCCAUAUCCUGGGACCGGGGUUACGAUAGAUCAGCUUUAGUAACCACAGUGAAGUCUUAUUUGUGUUACUGCAGUAAGUUUCCUGCUUCUAUUUGUUGGCUAUUAACUGUCUGCAAUAAACCUUGUUUGAAUACCCAGAA